CGCGCGCGCCCCCACUAUAAAGAGCGUGUCCCCGCGGCGGGGAGGGCGCAGUGAGCGGCGCGGCGGCUGAGGAGCGGCUCGGGCAGCAGCACGGCGUGGAGGCUUCGGCGCGCAGCGCUACCGGCACCGGCGCUUCCUUCUCUUCCUACCGGUAAGUGAGGAAAAAUGGCCCGUACAAAGCAGACCGCCCGCAAGUCCACCGGAGGGAAGGCGCCGCGCAAGCAGCUGGCCACGAAGGCGGCCCGGAAAAGCGCCCCCUCUACCGGCGGCGUCAAGAAGCCUCACCGCUACAGGCCGGGGACCGUGGCGCUCCGUGAGAUCCGUCGUUACCAGAAAUCCACGGAGCUGCUGAUCCGCAAGCUGCCCUUCCAGCGGCUGGUCAGGGAAAUCGCCCAAGAUUUCAAAACGGAUUUGAGGUUCCAGAGUGCGGCCAUCGGUGCUCUGCAGGAGGCCAGCGAGGCAUACCUGGUGGGUCUGUUUGAAGACACAAACCUGUGUGCCAUCCAUGCCAAGAGAGUCACCAUCAUGCCCAAAGAUAUCCAGUUGGCUCGCAGGAUACGGGGAGAGAGGGCUUAAGUGAAGGCUGUUUUUAUGGUGUUUUGUAGUUAAUUCUGUAAAAUACUUUGGUUUUAAUUUGUGACUUUUUUUGUAAGAAAUUGUUUAUAAUAUGUUGCAUUUGUACUUAAGUCAUUCCAUCUUUCACUCAGGAUGAAUGCUAAAAGUGACUGUUCACAUAAACCUCAGUGAUGUUGAGCCUCGGGCUCGGGAGUGACAAGUUGCUAAUAUGCAGAAGGGAUGGGUGUUCUUUCUUGCUUCUCAUGCAUGUUUCUGUAUGUUAAUGACUUGUUGGGUAGAUAAACUUGUAAGGUACUAGAAUUGAUAUAAAUGUGUACAGGGUCCUUUUGCAAUAAAACUGGUUAUGACUUGAUCCAAGUGUUUAACAAUUGGGGCUGUUAGUCUGACCAUGCAUCACUGUGAUCAAAUGUGGACUUCCUUCAGAGGGUGAAACUACAAGUCUUAACCACAGUGUAACUUACAGUUUCCUAAAAACGUAAACCUGGCAGCUAUAGAAUACACUAUGUGCAUUUAUAAUAGCUAUUUUAUAUAUUGUAGUGUCAACAUUUUUAAAUUAAAUGUUUUACAUUCACA